AGUAUUAUUGUGUACAGCUAUUAUCAGAUGUUUCUUGAUGAGAGAGGGUUAAAUGAUGCAACCUUCGAUUUUUUUCAGCCUGUGGAUAUAUUCUGAUUUGAAUUCAAUGCUAUGAACUUGCUAUUUACGCGGAAUUUUUCACAAGACACCGGCAAGUUACUUAUCGCAGUGGACGCCUCGAGUUUGAAAACAGCUUGUGGCAGUUAAUUGGAUACAUCGUUUUAGUCCACGGAUAAUUUUGUGGGCCUCGCAUGCUGUGGAGGACUUAACGCUUCAUUGAUCCUUUUUUCAUGAUUUGUAUCCUGAUAUUAAAACUUAGAUGCGUCGAGUACUCGCAUACAAUAGACAAACACAUCAUGAGUGGUCAGUGAAGCAUGCGGGUUUUGAUGCUACCGGGGUUUGAUCUGUUUGUGAAAACAAGCUGAAUAUAAACUCUGUGGUUGUACUAUAGUGAGUUACUGGAGCAGACAGCGAAUCUCUGAAUCCCUGAAUGACAUUUCACUGCAGAAGAGGUGUUUAUACUGGAAGAAACCUCGGUGAAAGUUUGCUUUCAUUGAACGCCGGAGCUCUGGAGCUGGGCUGAUUGGGGCGAUUGUGAGUACAAGCUAGGAAUACCUGACAAAGCCUUCUUUUGAAAGAAGAUUUACUACAAGUGUCUUAAUUUGUAUCAAAAAGCCUCAACUUGAUGGGUCACACAAGCUAAAGAAUGCUUCAAAGUGGAAGAGUGAGGGUCACUUGGUUAAGGAAGUAAGUACGAACAUGUCUUACAGAUACAAGGACUCACAAUCUCAACCAUCUUCUUUACCAAGAAGAUAUUUUUCACUUCCAAAGAAUUACUCUUCUACUGGUUCUGAUAAUGGCAAAGACUUAUCACACUCUAAAAGGUAUCGGCAUCUGUCGGCAUCUUCGGCAUCUUCAUCUGUGACACCUUCUGCCCAGUCUACCAGAUAUGGAAGUUUACGAACCUAUGGUGCUUCCACAAACAGUUCUAUAUCUGAAGAUAUUAAAAAACCAACUUCACGUCGUGCCUCGAGCAGCUCUGUGACCUCUAGAUCUGCUGGGAGUAGUGUUGGUCCUCGCAAAAGUUCUUAUGGCAGUUCUCUGUCUUCUUCAGUGUCGUCAACCACGCGUGAUACAACAUCAUCAUACUCAUCUAAACAUGUGUCAAGUAUUCCACAUAGGACUUCUGGAAGUUCAUCAAUAGGUGCAGACUCAAACUGGAUGCCAGGAGGAGCUCCUGUAAGGCAGCGUUCUAGUAUCACACUGCGAGAGACCCAGCCUGUUUGGGGCCCUGAAGGUCCUCCAGUUAGACAAUAUUCCAGCGGCUCAUUGCGAGAUUCUCCAUUCACUAUGCCAUCAAGGAGAUCAUAUUCUUCCUCAAAAGGAUCCACUGAUAGCGAGACAAGGACAUUAUCAAGCAGAAAAUCAGGUCCUGUUGAAAUACUUUCAGUAAACCCCACCUCAGCAUCAAAUGUUCAGGACAAAGGUUAUAAUGAAAGUGAAGAAACUGAACGAGUGUCACACCGCAGGAAACUUCAUCCUACAGAAUCAACAUCAACAAGGCGCACUUCUGCCCCUUCUGUUCAGUAUGCAGGAAGCGUUGAGCUUAAGAUGGACAACCCAGCAUCGCCCACAUCACCUACAUCACCAAAAUCUCCCAAGUCACCCACUGUUUCAUAUUCUGGUAGUAUUCCACUUAAAGAUUCGCAGAGCUCAAAGAGUGAAGCUAGCAUAACGAACAGCUCACGCAGAGGAAGUGCUAGCAGUGAUAAUCGUGCUGCCUCCAGCGAUAGCAACAAUGGUGAUGAAAUUGAGUCUUCUGCUGCAAGAGAUAUUUCACUUUUGAGUCGAGAAAUUGCUAGCGUUUAUGAAGGAUCUCUUACUCGCAGUGAUUCGAGGAAAGCAAAAGUAAAAAUUUUAUCACAAAAAGAGGGUUCAAUAGAAAGUAAAAGAUCAAGAAAGAAUUCAAAACAGGAGAUGCAAAAUGAGAUACAACAAUCUGAUAAGGAGAAAAUUACUGUAAGUGAGAAAUCAUCUCGAGAACAAAGUCCUGGAUCAGAUACAGGACUCAAGUUUAAGAAAAGUCACAAACGAAGUGCAAGUACUGGGUCUACUCCAAGCAAAGAGGACAAGAAGAGUAAACCUGUACGAAAAAUUUCUGGAAUUUUUUCACGGAAAAAAUCACGGGAAUCAACUGAUUCUGAAGAUGAUGAGGAGAGGUUACAGAGAAAAGGCUCAAGGAUUUUCUCUCGCAAAGGUUCAAAAGAUUCAGAGAAAGGUUUUUCUUCAUCAUCGCCUCCAUUAUCUCCAAAGACUCCUCUGAAGCGAAAGAAUUCUGGCCCUGGUAGAUUGUUCUCCUUCUCUAGUGACCCAAAGACAACUCCUGAAAUGCCACGGAAGUUUUCUGUGCCAGGAAAAUAUUUUGCAACCAAAGAAAGCAAAUCUGGCGGGGAAUCAAGUGAUUUGGAGUCUGAAGGUCCAAGAUCUUCACGACCUCCUGUGAAAAGGAGAGUGUCUAUGCCAGGAAUGUUAUCAUUACCGAGAAGUUCUAGUGCAGAAAGAUCAUCUGGUGGUGGCCACCGCCUCAGCCCAGAUCCUGCUGUUGAUUCUGCUCUUCUCCAGCAACGGAGAAGCAAUUUUAAGAAAGCACAGUCUUUUGAUGUACAAAGUGACAAGGCAAAGAACUCUAUGUUGAGUAAGUUGAAGUUUUGGGAUCACCACAAAAAAGAUAAGUCACCUGAUUCAAGGAACUCAACUUCACCAGAGGAUGGUAGAUCACGGUCUGUUUCUCCUGCGGAGGAAACAACACGUAAGAUUUCUAUGGAAGAGAGGUCAGAAAAUACAGCAUCUCAAUCAAGGAGGAGUAGAGAGAGAACUAUGAAGAAAAAACCUUCUCAAGAAAAUGUACUUGCCAAUGUAAGAGCACCUUUAAAAUCAGAUGUAGCACAGGAGUCAUCAGGACUUGAGAAAUCACAGGUUUCUCCUAAGGUAACAAGCUCAGGUCUAGAGACAAAUAUUCUUAAGAAGAGUAUUAGUAGAGAUCCUAACGUACAGUAUGUUGGCCCUGUUGAAACUUCCACAACGUCUGAGCUAUGGGCAAGAAAAAAAGCACAGUACAGAGUGAAUUCAGUAGAGAAACAAACUGAAUGCACAGUAAAAACCUCAGGUAAUUCAGCACAUGCUGGAGAAUCAGAGAGAUCUGAUGUUAAGAGAGCUGAAAUUGUGUUGUCAGAAGCCAAUGACAAUUCAUCAAGAGACACAGUGUCCAAGUUAAGAGAGAGGAGAAGGCGGAGACGCGAAGAUAGAGAACGCUUUUUUGCAGGGUUGGAGCCAGGUAAAAACUCCACUAAUGGACCUGCUGAAACAAUUCAAAAGGGUCCCAUUCCUGUUGAACCAGUUGGUAAAGAUGUGAAGCAAAAUAAACUGGAGGGAAGAAAAAUUUCUUCAAGCAACAAACCAGAAGAUAAGAGUGGGAAGAUAACCAUUGAGAGAAGAACUGAUCAACAAAAUGGGCAAAUUCCCAAAAAAUCAAUACUUAGAAAUGGGAAACCCCGCCAUCAAACUAUUGCUUCUGCAGUGCACAAAGAUAUUAUUGCUGAUUUGAUCAGAGAGAACGGCCUUAAAACAACUUCGAAUGCAGAAGUCAAAAUCCCUUCUGUGGCUGAACUCAGAGAAAAGUUCUUGAUAUCGAAGGAUGAUGCAAAGGUUGUUCCUCCAAGGCCAAUUCUUAAACUUGAUGAUCGUCCUCACAGUAUUUGUGGGGAGAUCUUGUCGCCCACGGAGAUGAAAAAGUUUGAAGACAUCACUUUCUCCCUGGCCAGGAAAGUUUCUUCAGAAGCUGACAACUUGAAUAGGAAAUUAUCCAAUGGUGGUGAUGGCUCUUUAUCAAAGCCUGAUGCUCAGUGGAAAACACCCGCAGGUGCAAAUGAGAAGAAAAGUCCUCUUUCUUCUCCAAGAGUCAAAAGUAAGGUGAAAAAAGAGAAGAAAGUUAAGAAUGCCAUGAAAGAGAAUGAACAAGUGGGAGAGGAACCUGGAAGCCCUGAAAGUGAUAGUCUUAAAAAGAAAAGAGGUAGCAAAAAGAAAAGGAAGAAAUCAAUUUUUGGAAGUGAAAAGGAAAAGGGAAAAGAAGGCAAUAAAGACCAUGAGGUUAAACCUCCAGAGGAGGACACCGAUUUGCCUCAACAUGGUGCAGUAUCUGCAGCUAUAAAGGCCAUGUUUUUACGUAAGCCUUACACCUCCGAGAAGAUUAAGAUAUCGCGGAAGCAGCGAGCAAAGACGGUACCUAUUAACCAGACGGAGAAUAGAGAUAUGGGUCAAUCUGAAAUGGAAUCAAGGGAAAGAAAGAAGUCGGUGCCAACUUUAACAGCUGUACAGAAGUCUCCAGACAUGAAAGCAAAGUCAGUAAAAGUUGAAAAGAAAAUUGAAAAGGAUGAGAAAAUUGAGAGGAAAGAAAUAAUGGAAGAUCUUGAAAAAGAAACGGAAAAAGCAGAUGAGAAAGAAAACUCAGGGAAGGAUGUAGAGCUGCAACAAAUUGAGGAUCUUGAGCAGGAACCAGUGAAGGAAAAAAAAUCACUCAAAAAACCUUCCAAAAGCAAAUCUAAAAGAAAGUUGUCUACAACUCUGAAACCAUUCAGCAUGAUGAAUACGAAAUCAGAAUCCAAUCUUGCUCAGCGGUUUGACUUUGUGGCAGUGGAUAUUCCUCUGGAUGGGGAGCCAGAGCUGGAGAAAGAAAAGGAAAAUGAAACACAGUCAAUAGAGGAUAAGAAUGAUGAGCCAACCAAGGAAGAGGCACCUCCAGGUUCAAGUCAAAGAGGAAGGCGGCCAAGUGUUUUGGAGGAAGGUCUGAAAGAAUUUUAUGAUUCGACCACAAUUGGGGAGAAGGAGGAAUCAAGAGAAUCAAAUGCUCGAGAGAUCACUCUGGAGGAUCUUGAUGCUGUUUCAGGGCAGACAACAGAGAAACUGACAUCUUUAGCAGGGGACAAAAUGAAGAUUCGACCCAAGCGGCACCACAGAUCAACCACAAAUCCAGUGAAAAACCUACAACAGAGAAAUGACGUGAGGACUGAGACUGAGGUUGAACGACCAAGAAUAGAAAAGAAACAGGUUACAAGUGAACACCCUGUCAUUAAGAGAAAGAAGAAGAAAUACAAGGAUCCUGACAACCUGUGGAGACGUCACACCCUUGACCUGGCAGCAUCAGCACUGGCUGGUUUGGCCAGCACUGAAGAUUUCACCAAAGUUAGAUUGCGUAAAACUGCUGGGCCUGAAGAAAAGGAGAAGGAUGAGUACAGGGGAAUAAAACCCAUUAUGCUUAUCCACAUAAAAGGGCGGCGUCAUCUUCAAGUACGUCUUGUUGAACCAAGUCUAAAGUCCCUGAAUUCUGGGGACUGUUUUGCUCUUGUGACAGAGAAAGAUCUAUUUUCAUGGAUUGGAAAAGACAGCAAUCCUUAUGAAAAAGCCAAGGUGACAGAAAUUGUCUCCAAGAUAAAAACAAAGAAUGAAUUGAACUGUAAGGCACGUGACAUUGUGACCAUUGAAGAAGGAGACAUGGAUUUCAAUGCUGCCUUGGACAAAUUCGCUAACAUUCUGAGUGGAGAUCCUGGAAGUAACCCUGCUAGAGAUGCUCAAGAAAUGGCAAAAGAUGAAGAAUAUGAGAAAGGUGUUGUGAAGGGAAACAUGGUCUAUAAAAUUCAUUGGACAGAUCCACCAACUCUGAUGCCAGUAGAAACUAUGUGUGGACGAAUUCCUCAAGUCUCCAUUUUUGACACCAAAGAGGUCUUCAUAUUUGACUUUGGUUCAGAACUGUACGUGUGGAAUGGACAACAGUCGUUAUCAGGUCAAAGAAAGUCCGCCUUUGCUCUAGCAAAGCAACUGUAUGGAGAGCCCUUUAAACCUUAUGCCAAAAAUUAUGACCCAAUUUAUCCCUACGGAGAACCCGAAAAUUGUACCAAAUUAGACAACAAGGUUUCAACCGGCAGACCUCCAUGGACGUUAUUUGCAAGGCUUCACGAAAAGGCAGAGACAAUUCUGUUUCGUGAAAAGUUUCUUGACUGGCCUGAUCCAACUAAGAUUAUACGGAUGAAGGGACACCCUAGCAUGCUUGAACUGGCACCAACGCCUCCUCCUGUGGAACUAAAGCCCUGUGAUGCUAAGAGCAUGCUGAAAAGUCCACCGCCAUUGCCAAGCCAGAUGUUUGAAGGGACGAAUGUUGGGCGUGGCAAUGGGAUCCCGACUGUGUGGGUUGGAGACAUUUACAAAGAAGGAAACCUUGUGACAACUGUUGGUCUAACAGUCUGGCAUAUUAACGAGUACAGAAAUUUCGAAGUACAGCCAGCGCAACAUGGACAUUUCCACUCAGGGGAGGGGUACGUGAUCAGGUGGGCUUACUUUGUGCUCGCCGAUAGAAUAGUCAAAGAUCGGAAGUCUCGUUGUCGUUCAACCGUUGCUGGGCGUGUUCGCUGUGCAUACUUUUUCUGGCAAGGAAAUGACUGUUCUGUGAAUGAGAAGGGCGCGGCUGCCAUCAUGGCUGUAGAACUUGAUGAAGAAAAAGGACCGCAGGUAAGAGUGGUGCAAGGAAAGGAAACUCCAGUAUUUCUGAAUCUCUUUAAAGGGGGAAUGAUCAUCCACACUGGCAGCUUACCCAAGAGCUGGUAUGACACAGAGACGAAAAACAUGGUAGACGAUAACACAGCAAAAUUUACAGACACCUCUGAAACUCGUUUGUAUGUGAUUCGUAAUGAAGAACCCGGAGAGGCCUGCCUGAAUCAAGUCAAAGCAAAUUCAUAUUCGCUGCGAUCUAGGACCAGUUUAGUUCUGGUGUCACGGCGCGAAGCUCACAUAUACCUGUGGCAUGGAUGUAAAUCUAGUGAAGAUUCUCGUGCUACAGCCAAAGCAGCUGCUAAGAAAGUCCAGGAAAGGAAGAGUGUUGAUUGCAACAUGGCAGGGAUUGCAGCUUUCUCUCUCAGUGAGAUCGAAGAAGGAAACGAACCAGAAGAGUUUUGGAAAGUGAUUGGUGGAAAGAAGUACUACUGCAGUUUGGCGCAUGAUCCAUCCAAACACAACUACCAACCUCGACUUUUUGAACUCAGCAGCGCCACUGGAAAAUUUACAGCGAGUGAAGUUCUGUGUCCCUCACGAUCCGAACCAAAGCUGUGCCCGUUCCCAUUCCUACAGGAAGACCUUUACACGGCCAAACAACCAGGGUUGUUUAUCGUAGACGGUUACUAUGAAGUCUACGUGUGGGAAGGUUGGAUGCCUGAGGAUGAUGACGAUGUGCGAACAGGCUCAGGUAGACAGCGCUGGGACAGAGACAGAAAACUCGCCAUGGAAACAGCGCUGAGUUAUGCUAAAGAGGCUGGGAAGCGUGUCUCUCACCGAGUGCACGUGGUGUAUGCCGGCAUGGAACCGAUGACGUUUAAGGUUCUCUUUCCUUACUGGAAUGAAACACCAGAUGUUAUCAAAAUACAGAAACUGGAUGGAAAACAACCUAAUACGAAACACUCUGCUAGCGACUUACUACAACAGUUUACAAAGGACUUUUACACUCUGGCUGAACUUCAGAAGAUACCGCCACCUCAAGGAGUUGAUCCAGCGAAACUUGAAGUUUACCUAAGCGACGAUGACUUUAAGGAGAUUUUCAAGAUGGAGAAAGAAGCUUUCAGUAAACUCCCGGGCUGGAAACAGAUCAAUCUGAAGAAAGCUGUUGGUCUGUUUUAGAGCAAAACGUCGAAACUAUCUGGUGGUAACUUUUUGACUAUUUGUAUCUUGUCUUGAUACUUCGACAAGUGCGAGAAGAAAGAAACAGAUGAUAUUACUUGUAAAAUAGAAUUAGCUGUCGUCUCAAAGUUUAGAUGGGGUUGAUUGCCUCUGUCAACCUUUCACCUCCCAGAAUUAAUGGACAUGGCACUUUUCUUUACGAUUUUCCCUUGUUAUUUUGCAAAUAGGUCACGAGAACAUACAAACUAAACAGCUGGAGGGUGUAAUCAAAUUCUACUGUUAAGUUUACCAGGAAAUGUAUAGCGGUCAGUAGGGAAAAUUGCUCAUGAUUUAGGGAGCUAAAAGGUUAGAGAUACGUAAACGCAUAAAGAAAAAUUUUGGUUCAAGUAUACUGGUAAGAAAUGAAAAUAAGAUAACUUUCCUACGCAUAUUCCCACAGCAUCUGGUGAACUGGCUAACAAUGAGGCUAUUUUAAAGACAGAUAGCUUUAUGUGUAAUUUAAAAUUCUAGAAGAUGUAAGAGUGUUUUUUUUUUUUAAUAAUUAAUUAGCACGCUAGGAUAAAGCCAUUGAGAGAAUUUUAGAAGUGAUUUUCAUUAUGUAGCAACAAUAGGACUCAAAAAUGAAAUUUGAUUUUUAGCUAAUACAAAUUUUAGAUAGUAAUUUGACAAACGUUAGAAUGUAAUUCUUGUCGGUUUGGCUUCAAUCAAAUUGACUCACCAUGAAUUGAAAAGAGACAUUUCAUUUUUUUUUUUUUUUUAAUU